ACUUUGUAUAUUUUGGUUGCAGGUUAUUGGCCAUUCGGUGUGAUUUGGUGCAACGUGUAUGUGACGUGCGAUGUGUUGGCGUGUUCGGCGUCAAUAAUGCACAUGUGUUUCAUUAGCUUGGAUAGAUAUCUGGGGAUACGAAAUCCAUUAAAGACCAGACACAGCUUCACGACGCGAACGGUUGUUCAAAGGAUAGCUCUAGUCUGGCUGUUAUCCAUGAUAGUCUCUAGCUCCAUCACAGUAUUAGGUAUUAUAAAUCAUGAGAACAUAAUGCCGAAGCCAAAUACGUGCGUGAUAAACAAUCGCGCCUUCUUCGUGUUCGGGUCCCUGGUGGCUUUCUAUAUUCCGAUGGUGAUAAUGGUGCUUACCUAUGGCCUGACUGUGCAGCUGCUCCGGAAAAAGGCCCGGUUCGCCGCCGAGCAUCCUGAGGCUGAUCAAUUCCGGAGGCUCGGGGGGCGGUUUGUUGCCAAACAAGAUAGAUCGACCCCGGCCACCAUUGCCACACACCACACCAUGUGGCGAACGGUCGGCGGAAGCGGAGAAAGGUCGAACAUGAGGAUAAGUAACUCGCAUCCUCAGCUGGCGUAUACGAAUGGGGGCGGCGGGGGCGCCUCUGUUUCUUCUUCGGGGAGUGGCGGUGGCGGCGCGGGCGUCAGUGGCGGUCACAGGGACCAGGGAACGCAAACACCGGAGAACAUCGCAAGGGAGACGAGAAAUUUUAAUUUGCGCUCACUCAAAUUGCAAUUAAAUAGUGUGCCAUCCAAUUUGAAUUUCAGGUUGUUGGCUGGUAGGGCAAACAAGAGGAAGAACAUGGCUGUGAAUUCGGUGGCGACGGAGCAGAAGGCGUCGAAAGUCCUGGGGCUAGUGUUCUUCACGUUUGUGUUGUGCUGGUCUCCAUUUUUCAUUCUGAACAUCCUCUUCGCGGCCUGCCCUAGCUGCGACGUCCCUGAGCAUGUAGUCGUCGUGUGUCUUUGGCUCGGAUACGUAAGCUCGACGAUAAAUCCCAUCAUUUACACCGUGUUCAACCGCACUUUCCGUGCGGCUUUCAUCCGCCUUCUACUCUGCAAAUGCCAAAGAUUGUCCAAGCCUGUGCGUUACAGGUCUGUGAAUGAGAACAGGGGUGCAGCGAGCCUAUGCACCCCAUCGGCCCUUCCGCUAGCGAUAAGUCUUCAGGGAACACCUCUACUGACGCCCGCUUCCAAUGAAUCUUCUUCGUACAUGGUGGUAACACGUACUCCAUCCGCAAAUUUCCGAGACCACACCGAUUCCUCCUACGAUGACCACGACUGUUGAAUGUACUUACCACGAGGACUAUAACAGGAUGCAAUACACUUACAAAAAUAUACACACACAAAAAACGGAAUCAAUCCGAAGAAGGAGAAGCUAUACGAAUUUAUCCACAGACCCUGACCAUUCCCGAAAUAUUUCCGACAAUCUUUAAUUUAGAUAUAAAUAGAAAAAAAAAUAGUAAGAGAAAUUAUUAUAAUAAUCAUCAUAGUAGUCGAACUAAUUAUGAAUCUAGCAUCUGUUAGUGAAGAUACAAAAUAAUAUUUAUGUCAUGUUAAAUGUUUCAAAUAAACCAGGUAUAAGAUAAUACGUAUACAUAUAAUUCUAGCGAAUUCAGAGGCGAAAAUUGUAUUCAAUUAAAAUGGAGCAAUAAU